AUGGACUCCUCUUUUUUCACUAUUCUGCCAAACAACUACAGCAACCAGACAUGUGACUUGUAUGUCCACCGCAGUAAAGCAAGGAUACUAAUGCCACUGUUCUACAGCUGUGUUUUCUUGAUUGGGUUAAUUGGAAAUGUCAUUGCUUUGCUAGUGAUUUAUCAAAACAGAAGAAAACUGAACUCUACCACUCUUUACUCAACGCAUCUUGUUAUUUCAGAUAUAUUCUUUGUUUUCUCUCUGCCAACAAGAAUCGCGUACUAUGCUCUGGGAUUUCACUGGCUAUUCGGGGAGGUUUUUUGUCGAAUCACGUCCCUUAUUUUUUAUAUCAAUACCUAUGCCAGUGUAAACUUCAUGACAUGCUUGAGCGUUGACAGGUUCUUCGCUGUCGUGCAUCCUUAUCGAUAUAACAAAAUCAGAAGAGCUAACUGUGCAAAGCUCAUUUGUAUUUUAGUCUGGCUGAUUGUCUUUUUUCAAACCCUUCCAUUACUUUUACAACCGAUGUCGAAAAAAGAGCCGGAUGAAAAGAUCACAUGUAUGGAAUAUCCAAACUUUGAGACAAUACCAAAUCUGCCAUUACUGCUUCUCGGAGCAUGUUUUAUCGGUUAUUUAAUACCUCUAGUAACGAUAUUGGUUUGCUAUUCCCAAAUAAGCAAAAACCUCUAUCAAUCGGCAAAGAAAAAUCCAUUAAUGGAAAAAUCUGGUACAAACAAAAAAGCUAUCAACACCAUCAUUUUAGUCAUUGUCGUGUUUUUCUUUUGCUUCACUCCUUAUCACAUUGCCAUUAUACAGCAUAUGUUUAAGAAGCUCACUUAUACACCAGACUGCAAGGAGCAGCAGUACUUUCAAUUAUCCCUCCACAUUACUGUGUGUCUAAUGAACAUGAACUGCGGUUUGGAUCCCUUCAUCUACUUCUUUGCAUGUAAGGGGUACAAGAGAAAAGUGCUAAGGAUCCUGAGACAACAAGUUAGCAUAUCCUCCUCAAGUGCCACUCGGCCAGCUGCUGAGGAAAGUUCCCGUGACAUUGUGCCAUGCCAAUCAAUAGUUCAACCCAACACCGUGCAUUUAACUGACCACACUAAUACUCUGUAACAAAACUCAUACGCCGUACGUGAAAGACAUUUAUGGAAAACAAGAAAGCAAAUUGUGCAUUUAGAUACUGUGAAUUUAAAACACCGUUGCUUUCAUGGAUUUUACGGCUUGCAGUAAGCAUGAUGAUUUCCCAAACAUACAGGGGUUUUUAGGCUUAAUACAAUAAAUAUUUGUUCUUGGACCAACAGCAGAAGCU